AGCAAAAAACUGAUGGAAGUCGGGAAACUGGCAGGAUUGAGUUUCCUGGGGGGUAGAAGGAAUCAUCAUAUUUCAGAGAGCCAAUGGACUCCAAGGUAAUUGAGAAUUCCUAGACUUCUUCUGGCUCCCACAAGGAUUUUCCAAGAGUGUUUUGGACGGAGGAGGAUUUAAAUGGUGCUAAUAACAGAGGAACAAGGUAAAGGUUCAAAGGUUCAAGAGAAUGGAGUGGUUGGAGAAGUCAGAAUUAGUAAGACUGAGUAUAGAACCAAUAACGUGGAUAUGGAUAUUCCUGUCAUGUCCAUCACCAAGGCUGGCAAAGACGACGAUGAGAGUGAGGAAUCAAGAGAGGCAGAUAAUGAGGAACUUGAAAUCGAUUACACUCGAAAUUACUGGGAGGAUGAGGAUGAUAUCUACCAGGAAUUUGAAGAGUUGGACUUUGAGACCUUGCCCGAUCGCUCAGACACACAGAGCAUUGCCUCAGAUGACUCCUUCUAUCCCCUCGACAAUUCAGUCACCUCUCACAUGCGCUACUCGUUUAGCUCUGACAGUCCAGAGCCCAUCUCCUUCUUCAAGGCCUGCUGCAACAACAAUGUCAUCAUUGUCAAGAUCAUGAUCAGACAAGGAGUGACUGAAGAGGAAGUGAAGGAGACGGACAGAAACAGAAGAUCUGGCUUGAUUGUGGCGUGCUAUAACGGCUAUGUGGACGUGGUCAUCGCUCUUUCUCAAUGCCCGUAUCUGGAUGUUAACUGGCAGGACAAUGAGGGGAACACCGCUCUUAUAACUGCAGCUCAAGCAGGUCAUGCCAUCAUUUCCAACUACCUACUAAACUACUUUCCUGGUCUGGACAUCGAGAGGAGGAACUGUCACGGUUUCACAGCUUUGAUGAAGGCUGCCAUGCAGGGCCGGGCUGAGUGUGUUAGAGCGAUCAUGUUGGCAGGAGGUGAUAUCCAGGCUCGGGACUUUGGCCGGAAAAUGACACCCAAGGAGUGGGCGCUCUUCACCGGUCGGUAUGAAACAGCCCGCCUGAUGAGUCGGCUGAUGUCCAACCCGUGUCCUGAGCAGUUCUGUGACUCCUUCUCCCUGGAGUGGCCACUGCUGGAGGAGUUGGUGGCCCAGGCCCAAGAGCCAAAGACCUGUAAGCAGCGUUUGAUCAACCUUCUUUCCUGCUGCCCUUAUAGAUUUUACAUCAACAACAAGGUAAAACCUAUGGAAGAUGGUGUCCUUGAACACAUGGUCCGGAUCACCACGGGACUGUCCAGUCCGCUUAUCGCCACAGCUUGCCGCACGGUGUGCCCGAGCAGCCCGCCGUGCAUCGGAAAACGUCGUCACGCGGUGCAGGAGAUCAUAAAGAGGCAACGUCUGGCGGAGCUGAAGCGCCUGGGCCCAGAGAGGCUAAACAACUACAAGAAACUUUUCCAGAACUCACGGAUCCUCCUCAUCCCCAGGGAGAAGGAUCGGAGGGCCAGUCUCCAGCCUCAGCUGCUAAGCAACAUGGCAGCGGCAUCCACAGUGGCCAUAAGACGAGCCAGCCUGUUGCCACUCCAUAUGCUGAGGAGAAGCAGUGUGAGGCCGGGCCUAGUGGUUCCCAAGGUGAGGCUCUGCAAGGCCCCAGCUCCAAACUACAAACCAGAAAAACUCAGAAGGAACAGUAACCAGAACCAGCUCCAGAUACCCAAGUGGGAUUAUAAAAUGAAGAAAAUAGAGAGGAUGCGGGAGGAGGAGCGGCAACGACUGCUACCCCUGAUUAGGAGACGAUGAAGGACCAAAGAAAGCUAAAGGAGGCGUGACUUACUGUAGCUUCAAAGUGCUCAGUGUAAAUCUUGACAUGGCUCUCAAAAUGCAUAUUCUUGCAGAAAAAGACACUUUGUUAAUGUAGACCAAACUGCUCAUCGUUUCUUUGUUAGGGUUUCCUGCAAUGUUGCCUUUUUUCUACUUGAAACCACUCUUACUUUUUAAGGUGCACUUUGUGCUGGAAUGUGGCAGAUAUGGGAGCACAAGAAAAAUAUCAUGUACAUGUAACAUAAUAUCUCUUAUUUGUAUGUCUGUUGGUAUGCUG